AAAGCUUUUACUUCCCGGAUAAAAGCUCAAUUCGGCCCCUAAAGUUAGCUCAAUUUAGCCCCAACUGGAAUUCCUAACAAAAGAAUCCAAACCCUUGUGAAUCUAAAGCUCUAUAAUGCAUAUCUCUCGCCGAUAAAGAAAAGCGGAAAAAAGAAGAAGAAGAAGAAGCUCUAUAUCUCUCCCUUUCUCCCUAUCAAUAAACCAAUACUUGGAAGGAGAUUCCUCGUCGCUGCCAUUACCAGCAUCACCACGGUUACCACUACUCAUUCACAGUUGUAUCGCUUUCCGUUCCUGUUUUAUGCUCCUAAACAUCAUUUUCAGUUUUGCAAAAUUAUAGUCAGAGGAAGAUUGAGUUGGAAUAGUAAUGUCAAGAUUUAGAGCAAUUUGGCAAGCUUCUCUGAAUGCAACAAAGAAAGCUCUCACAUGGAGUGCUGAAGAUUUGAUGCCUCCAAGUGAGAGGCUCAUUUUUAAUUUCAAUUCAAAGGAAGAGCUAAAGAAGUGGCAUUUAUAUUCAGAUUCUGAGUAUGGAGGUUUAUCUUCAGCUUCUUUGGAGAUCACAGAUGAUGAGAAUGGCAAAAAGGGUACCGGGGUUUUCUCUGGGAAUUUAUCAUUGGACGUAUCUAAGGGUUCAAAGUGGAAUAUAACUCGGAGUGGUUUCUGCGGAAUGCGGUCCAAGAAGUUUGAUGGUUUCAUUGAUUUAGAUGCAUAUGACACAAUAGCUCUAAAGCUUAAAGGUGAUGGAAGAUGCUACAUUUCCACGAUUUAUACAGAGAAUUGGGUAAAUUCACCUGGACAGAUGGAAGAUAAUUCAUGGCAGGCUUUUGUUUUUGUACCCAAAGAUAACUGGUAUAUUACAAAGAUUCCUCUUGCUCGAUAUUUGCCAACAUGGAGAGGAAAUGUGAUAGACGCAGAGAUGGAAAUGAAUCAAUCCCGUAUUCUCGGCAUGUCCUUGUCUGUUAAUUCAGAAGGUGGCGUUCCAGGUGCAAAAUCCGGACCAGGUGAUUUCAAAGUUGAAAUUGAUUGGAUCAAAGCCUUGAGAACAAAAUGAUCGCUGUAAACUGCUUCUGAGAAUUUUGGAAAUGGUUGUAUACCCGGACUCUCUCUUUUGGUGCACAAUGUGUUUACAGUUCAUCAACAAGAUGCCAAUUUCUUAACAGUGCCAACUUAUUAAGUAAAACAUUCCUUUUUUUUAAAAAAAGAAGAAUUUAAAUGCCAAUUUAACAGUGGCAUUAAACUUCGCCCAUCUGAGCCUUCAUAAUCAGUGUAGUUCUAUUGUUUCUCAUUCCCUUCUCUAUUCAGUACAAAAUGAGUUAAAAGUUGUUCGUGAGCUACUGAAAAUUCGGCUAACUACCAGCUCGUUUGAGUUUGUUUGUUAAGCUGAACUAGUAGAAAAGCUCGAAAAUAAAUUCGUUUCUAGCUUGAUAAUAUCUUGUUUGUUUUUAA